AUGCGGACAAAUUUAUUGUAAAGACAAUGUCUAUGCAAGUGCUUAGCAAUUUCCUUGCACGAGCAAAGAAACUUGUACUCAACUCCUCCUCUUCCUUUCAAGAAAAGCAUAGAGUGGAUGGUCUUUAAGGGAGUUCAGUUCAUUGUGUUUUGAACACUGAAACUUUUUCAGGCAAGCAAUCAUCAUUCACUAUCAGAAAGAAUGUUUAAAGCCCUUCUUUAAUCCUGUAUCUACUCCUGAAGCAGUGACUUCUUUCUAGAGGGAAAUGAAUAUCUUCUCGCUUGAGUUACAAAUUCAUUCCCCACUAAAGGAGCUUUCAAGAUUCAAGGAUUUCAUGACUGCUAGUAGUUGUAAGCAUACAACUAAUGAUGGAUACAGAUUCAGAAAUGAAAUUUUGCAGGAUUUCAUCAGUGCCUUUGAGAAGCUGUGCCUUAAGGCAGAUGCAGUGACAGGAAAGGAGAAACAACUGAAUCAAUGCAAUUUGGAAAUGAAAAGUUCAAGCGGAAUAAACCUGUUAACAGAUUCAGUGGCUUCAGCUCCAAAGAAAAUUCUGAAGCCACCGAGUUGUUCAAGAGGUAAGGGAGUGUUGCAGGCAGGUGUAGUUGAACAGCUUAACGACCGGCUGAAGAUCCUUGAAGAAGAAACUGAAACUAUGAAGGAAGAUAUCUUUGGGGCUCUGGAAGAAAGGAGACAGCUGGUGAAUGAGAUAUUUGAGCAGUUUCAGAUCAUACAGCAUCACCUUUUCCUUCAAAAUCAAGUAAUAGGAGAAACAUGUUGUGAUGAUCCUUUGAUCUCAAACUCACCAAAGGAUGGAAGAAUGGAGACUGGUCUAUCAGAAAUCUUUUGCCAAGAGCCAAAUUUGCCUCUUGUUACCAGAGAUCUUAGAGCUAACAUGUUAGCAUUCCAAGAACCAGCUUAAGUAAUGCAUGUGCUCUCAGAUGGAUGAUUCCUUUCAUCAGAUUCCUUUAUCAUAUAACAGUACUGUAUAUCUGGUCUUUAAAUUUUUCUGGUAAGAAAUUAUACUGAAGAAUCAACUUUCUAGUGCCA